GUAUAGUGUGGUUUGUGUGAUGAGUUUAUUUAUUUUUAACAAUUAAAAUCCAACUUGCCUUUAAUUUCUCUGAUCAAAAAUGCCAAUGAAUGUGAUUACAACCAGAAGUUAUUAAUCUCAUUUUUAUUAGUGAAGAUAUUUUAAAACGAUGAAGGGCAAAUUAAUCUCUUCAAUAAACCGAAUUUGGGUAGCGCCUUUAUUAUAUUUAAUCUAUUUAAGAACAAUUUAUGCGGAGUUAGAACCCAAGGAAGAGAGUCCCGAAGUCAAUGGCCUUCCUAGCGCAGCCUCGUCUGAUGAUGGACCCGGAAAGAUCAUUGCUGUGGAAAAUUUCGGCUUCAUUCACGCAUUCGUUGCCUCUUUUUCUGUUAUUCUCGUGUCAGAGAUCGGAGAUAAAACAUUUUUUAUAGCUGCUAUCAUGGCAAUGAGGCAUCCUAGAACGACUGUUUUCGCAGGGGCUAUUUCAGCGCUUGCCUUAAUGACAGUCUUGUCAGCUCUGUUUGGAUGGCUUGCCAACGUUAUUCCCCGAGCCUACACUUUUUACAUUAGCACAGCUUUGUUUGCAAUUUUCGGGUUGAAGAUGUUAAAGGAGGGCUGCGCGAUGUCGCCCGGGGAAGGCCAGGAGGAGUUAGAAGAGGUCCAGUCGGACUUGCGCAAAAAAGAGGAGGAGUAUGAAAAACAAGCAAUGUUGCCUGACCCUGAGUCAGGCGCCCCCCGAAAACCAAAAAGCGAUAGUAUCUUUUCCCUUAUUUCGAGGAUUUUCUUGCAGUCGUUCACUUUAACGUUUUUAGCCGAAUGGGGGGACAGGUCGCAACUUACAACGAUUAUUUUAGGAGCCCGAGAAGAUGUUUAUGGGGUUAUUAUUGGGGGGAUUGCGGGGCAUUCGAUUUGUACAGGGUUGGCUGUGUUAGGGGGGCGUAUGAUUGCGCAAAGAAUUUCAGUCAGGACAGUGACCAUAAUUGGUGGUGUUGUGUUUCUCCUGUUUGCCUUUUCUGCCCUAUUUUUUGACCCUAAUAUGGGGGGUUAAAAACGAAACCGUAAUUGUUUAAAUUUAUUUUUUUACCGAUUUGAAGAGUGCAUUUUACGAAUUAAUUUAUUUUUAUACAAUGAUUAUUCAAAUAGGGUAGUUUGUCCAUCUCCAUACUUAAUUUAUUGCCAUAAAAAUAAACGAAUGUCUAGUAUUACCGUACAAUAAGUAAGAACAAAAAUGUCACUUUAUUCAGUUUGUCCUAAAAAUUUGUAACUUAUAGCUCUGUGAUAUAUGUUUUUAUAUCUAUUGUGUGUGUACAUAUUAUGUACAUAAUAAAGUAGUUUAGUAUGAAA